AUGAAAAACACAAAACAAAAAAAAGCAAGCAAAAUAUUAGUCAAUAGAAAUGCUAUCUUAGAUGAAAUAAGAAAAGAUAGGAAAGAAUAUCAAAGCAAAAGAUUAAAAAUAGAAGGAGAAAAAAUAGAAAUCCAGAAACAAAAAGUAAAAGAAAUUAAACGUAGAAAUGACUUUUUAGCGGAAAGAAACGAUUUGAUCAAAACUUUAACUGAGGGUGGAGAGUCUUCAUUUACCUCUUUAUUAUACGGCAAUUUAAAAAACGGAACAAUGGAUAUAAAAAGUCACAAAUGGUUCAAAGAAAUGGAUUUCUUGGCUAUAUUCAACCGAAUGAUAGAUGCUCCCUUCAAACCAUCCAUAGUGUCCGUUCAAGAUACCUCAAACUUUGACAGCUACGAAGAAUUACCGCUUACCGUAAGCAAGCACAUGUUGUACGAAGAAGAGUUCACUAUGUUUUAA